AUGGCUACUGAUGCCAAGUCCCCAUCGACACCCAACCCUGAACCCUCCGCCGGAAAACUAAUCACCGACGCCCCUACGCCCACCAUCACCAUUGACCUUCCGCCACCUUCCGACUCCAAAGCCAACCCCGGCACCGCUUCCGCCACCGCCACUCUCACCGCUACCCCCACCUCCGCCGCGGCGGCGGCUACCGUUACCGUGCGCACUCAUCCCGAACCACUCUCCUCUGAUUCUGACAUCAUCCACAUCCCCAGCUAUUCUCGGUGGUUUUCGUGGAACAGCGUUCACGAAUGCGAGGUUAGAUUUGUUCCGGAGUUCUUCGAUGGAAGGUAUCCCUCUAAGAACCCUAGGGUUUACAAGUAUUACAGGAAUGCCGUCAUUAGGCGAUUUCGAGAAAACCCCAGCAAGAAAAUUACUUUCACUGAGGUCAGGAAGACCAUUGUUGGUGAUGUGGGGUCUGUUCGGAGGAUAUUCGAUUUCUUGGAAGCUUGGGGUUUGAUCAAUUACACUGGUUCUUCAAAGCCACAGUUGAAGUGGGAAGAGAAGGAGAGCAAAUCAGCAACAGCCACAUUGCAGGGAGGUGAUGCUGCCGGUGGCAGCGGCACCAAUGUUACAGUUUCCAAGUCUAAGCCCUGCAGUAACUGCAAGGGUGUUUGCAGCUUUGCUUGCUUUGCCUCUGAUAAGCGAGAUGUGACACUUUGUGCAAGGUGCUAUGUGCGGGGUAACUAUAGGGAUUCUUCGGAGUUUAAGAGGGUCGAGAUCAGUGAAGAGGCAAAGACUGAUUGGACAGAUAAAGAGACUUUGCAACUUCUUGAAGCUAUUAUGCAUUAUGGUGAUGACUGGAAGAAAGUUGCAGAGCAUGUUGGCGGUAGAAGUGAGAGGGAAUGUGUAACUCACUUUGUAAAUUUGCCAUUUGGCGAACAGUUUGAUGGGCCUCCAGAAUCUGCUGAGCUGGAUUCUGGAUUAAGUUCACAAAAUCUUUCAAGACCAACAAAAAGGACGUGUAUCUCACCCCUGAAUGAUUCAAGUAACCCAAUUAUGGCUCAGGCUUAUUUUCUCUCCACUUUGGUUGGAGUAGAUGUUGCAGAAGUAGCAGCACGUGCUGCUUUAGCUGCUGCUUCUGCUCUUGGUGAUGGAAAACUUAAAGAGUGCUUGAAACUAUCCUCUGGUGCUCCCAAACAGCAAGAAACUGAUAUUGCAUCUAAUAGCGACGACCCAAACUCAAUGGAAGAAGCUCUUGCUGAAGCAAGAUUGCAGCUUGAGAAGGAAGACGAGGAGCUAGAGGAGGCAAUAUCUGGCAUUGCUGUUCAGACAAAAGAGUUUGAAGACUACAUUAUUCAGUUUGAGGAAUUUGAUUUGCAAAUGGAGAGGAAACGGCAACAACUGCAGCAGUUACAGAACCUUCUAUUUGUUGAUCAAAUCACUCUUUCAUUUCAUAAAACACCCGUCCCACCAAAAGCCGGAGAAAGUGUAGGAGAUGGUGUUAAAUCAGAUUGA